ACCCGGGUGUACGGCCGGGACCGCAUCAGGUUCAUGGAGAGCCUGGUGGUGGGGGACAUCGCUGAGCUGAAGCCGGGACAGGGCACCCUAACACUGCUCACCAACGAGAGGGGUGGCAUCGUGGAUGACCUUAUCGUCACCAACACACUGGAAGAUCACCUCUACGUGGUGUCUAACGCUGGCUGCGCUGACAAGGACCUAGCCAUCAUGAGGGGCAGAGCAGCGGAGCUGCAGGCCACCGGCGGUGACAUCCACCUCGAGGUGCUGGACAACGCUCUGCUGGCUCUGCAAGGUCCCUCCAUGGCAUGGGUGCUGCAGGCGGGGCUGUCAGAUGACCUAGCCAAGCUCUCCUUCAUGAAUAGCAUUACCACGACAGUCUUUGGUGUGCCGGGCUGCCGGGUCACGCGCUGCGGAUACACUGGCGAGGAUGGCGUGGAGGCCGGGCUCUGCCUCUAUGGCAAUGACAUUGACGAGACCACCACUCCUGCUGAGGCCGGGCUGAUGUGGACCUUGGGGAAGCGCCGGCGCAUGGCCAUGGACUUCCCCGGCGCAGCAAUCAUCAUGGCACAAGUGAAAGAGAAGCCGAAGCGCAAGCGCGUGGGGCUGACAUCAGUGGGACCCCCCAUCCGGCCCCACAUGGCCAUCCUGGACCCCGAG